AUGUGCACUCGAAUUCAUGCAUCUAACAACAACAACGCCAUGAUGUACCUUAAAUUACGUGAGGAAGGUUGUGAUAAAAAUUCUGCUAGAAAAUUUUGUCGAAAACAGUUCUGCAAAGUAGGGUCACAUUAAAUUAGAUCGAUUAAACAUAAUCCUUUAUUGGACCACCAGGACAUAAAAUAUUGAAAAUAUUGCCAGACAGAUUAUUGGGAGAAAAAGGAUGGUAACAUGGUUUCCUUAUGAAAUAUGAUUUAGGUGUUGGUUAUAAAGAAUCAGCAGGUAACUUAAUUUUUUAAUAUAGAUUUGAAUGAAAAAUUUACACCUGCUGAAAUAGCCAUUCUUAAAUAAUACAAUGAAUAUGAAAAAAAGAAAAAUGCUAUGCUACUCUAAAAAAUGUUAGCUGUCAAAAAGUAUGCAGAUUCUUUAAGACCUCCAAAAUUAGAUGUUUUUAGUAAAAGUUAUUUACAAAGAGUAAAAUAAAUUUCAUAAGAACUAAGAGAAAGUUAAUAAAAACCUAAAAAAUACUUCGAAUUCGAUGACAUGAAGUUCUAUGCUCUUGUAGAUUAUUUCAGUAGAUAAGGAUCAAAAUAAGAUUUGAUGCAUAUUAAUUUCGAUCCUAUUGUCAAAGAAGACAUUAAAUUUAAAACAGAAAAUACUCAUAAAGUAAAUACUGCUAGAACUUUUAGAAGGAUGGGAACAAUAAGUAAUAUAGAAAAAGAAGCUAAUUUUAUUAUGGCCUUAUAAUAAUAAGCUCCAUUAGGACAAGAUUUAGAAAAAAUUAAACAAAAACCUGAAGUUCUAUCACUAUUAAAAUUGAAUCAUCAAAAGAUGGAUUUAGCUGAAGAAUUCAAUUCAACAUAAUAUUUAUUUACUCCAACUAAUGCAUAAACUUAAUAAGUAAAUACAGUUGAUGAUGAUGCUAUGAAAUCUUUUGUUUAAUAAUUUUAUUCAAAAUAAUAUGAUGAAAAAUCCAACUUUUUAAUGCCAUUUAAAAGAAACAUAAGAAUGAGAACAUAAGCAAACAGUGAUUCCAAAAAGACACCUAGAAAACCAACUAAUAAAAUUAAAACAUAGAGCAUAUCUUGA